AUGUCCAAGGCUACCGAGAAGGCGAAGGCGAAGCUCGCCGAGAUCCUGAAUGACCCCGGCAGGCACGACUCUAGCGGUCUCAAGACUACACGAGAGGACGUCAUUAAGCCUAAUGAAGCGGUUGAUGAUGUAGAGGUCGAUUAUGUUGAGGUCGACGGGUAUCGUGGAAUCUCCAAAAGACAUUUGACGGUGAUCUUUCAGGGAUUGAGGACCUUUGGGACACUUGAGGAAACAUCAGUCCUCGAACAGACCCUUGGCCAGGGGCAGGUGAGCACAGGCACGGUCAUGCUUGAGCCGCAGCGUCUCACCUCUUUCCCAAACUACGCCACUUGA